AUGUACGACAAAAACGGACCUCUUGCACAUAUGGAAGGACAUAAUUCGACAUACAAAAGAGCGCGACGAAUUGAUUCGGCAACCUUUUCUCGACAAGAUUCAGUCAAAUAUUUCCAAUAUCAAAAUGGGGACAUCCAGAACGAAGUCGAAGAGACAUUCCGCAAUAUGAUCCUCAACCGUUUAGAAUGCGCAUAUAGUGGUUGGACGAAAGAAAGUGAAAAAGAUGUACUUGAUGUUUUGUUGGGGUCGGGAUUCAAAUGGACUAUCGAAAAUUUUUUAUUAGCAAUUGAGCAUAUUUCCCGAAAUAUAUCUGAAAAGAUAAUACAAAUUUGUAUUACAUGGUAUUCUCAAAAAUUGAAUAAAAUUUCGGAGUCAAGAGACCCCGAAAUAGUAUAUCAGAUAUUUGAAAUUUUGUCUCGCCAUCACGAUGUCUUUCGUGACAUUUUCGACGAAUUGAUCAGUAUUGCCAAAAAGAAAGUUUUACAAUAUAACAAAGCUCAAAUUCUCAGAACAACGACACAAAUUUUGCGAAUGCAGGGGACCAUUCCAAGUCAUUAUGAGCAAGUGGUCAAAGACAUCAUUACAGAAUAUAGGGACGCGGGUGAUACUUGCACUCUAAGCUUAGCUUAUCGAUCACAUCAAGAAGAUCAAGUCGCUAACACGACUAUCAGAUAUUUGCCCCAGGAUUUGAGGAUUCCUAUUGAAAAGGAUUUAAAAGAAGAGAUCGAAAAGACAUUCGACUUUGACCAAAAAAUGACAAAAUUCCCAGCCGAAACCUUUGCAGUUACACUUAAAAGAUUUAUACAAAGACUUUUAACAGUUUGUGGAAGAUACAUUAAUGAUGUUGCUUAUCACCAGAAAUCAAGGGAAAAGAAUUUCAAUGUAGAUAGGUUUUCCAACAAAAGAUUCGCUGCAAAAAAAGACAUCUCUUCCAGCAAUUGUGAUUAUAAUAUCUUUUCAUUCACCUCUUCGUUUGAACUUUCAGGAAGUUCUAAUAUUAAAACACCCUUUGACUAG